AUGAACCAGGAUCAAGUUCACGCAGAAUUCCACAACUAUGACUGGGCUUCCUUCGACGAAUUCCAACAGGGUUUGAGUGAGAUCAUGGAAAGCCAUCUUGAAUCACUCAAAGAACAAGACCCCCAUGUUACCUCUAUUCCAGCAGCACAGCGUCAACAGCUCACCGAUCAAGCCAAGUCGUUUUUUUUCUGUACAAAAACAGGCCAUAUUCUCAACUUGGAUGAGUACUACUCAUGGAGACGUCGUACUGAGGCGAAGAUUCAAGAAUUGCCAGAUGAGGUUGAAGUGAAAGCCAUUGAGGGAAAUGUGGAAACCGAGAAUGGCAAUUCCGAUGAAGCUCCAUACUCUUCGAACUACCAACAGCUAGUUGAAUUGAUUGUCUCAGGCAAGCCUGUCCCUGGCAUCAAAACCAUUCCAGACACUGUGUUGGGUGAACAGAAGUCCGAAGCAACAGCUGCUACGAGGCCAAAACCAUGGGCAAAGAAAGAAACUGAAACUUAA